GUAAAAUCACUAACGUCAAUAGUUGUCAAAAUUAGUGAGAAUUUGUAAAUUAAUGAAUAAAAAUGAAUUGUUUACUGAUAUUUGAUCAUUUAAAUGACAUUAUUUAUACAAAAUACAAUAAAGAAUUCGUCGAACAUAUAAAUGAAUUUGCUGUGGCACAAUGUUUACAAGAAGAGGUUUCCCAAGAAAAAAUCGACGAAAAUAUUAUUGUACAAAUAUUUUCCCCCAUUAUUACUUCUCAUAGAAUUAUGAGUUGUCAAUUUGGAAACUCUUAUACUUCCAUAAAAUGUCUGGAUGGAUUAGAUAUUCAUUUUGAUCAGUACAUGGGAUAUUUAUUCAUAGCUAUAGACAACUCAUCAAGAAUACGAAGAUAUCUUAAUGUUUGUAUAACAAUAGCAAGAUAUUUGUGUGGCCCAGAUGUUUAUCAAUUAAAACAACAAGAAAGUAAAGCAGAACUGGCUUCAAAUUUAAUAGAUAGCUGGGUAUAUCUGCACAAAAAUGACCAAGCCGUACUUAUUGAGGCAGUUGAACAAUUAAUAGUUAAUUCAGAUUUAAGUAUGGCAACAUUAAAGGCUUUACAAGAGUCUGUUGAUUAUUUGGCUCCUCAAAUAGAUUGUAACAAAAUUCAUGCCCUUGUCUUGGUACAAAACAAAUUCUUAUCUUUAUAUUCCAGUCAAAACGCAAAAGAACUAUCAGCUACAGAUAUACUAUUCUCAAUAAUUUUAAAUCAUUGUGCAACUCAAGGCUUAGAAAAACUCAGAGAUUUAUACAGCUAUAAAAUUCUGCUGGCUGGACCAGAACUGCAUCCAAAAUGUUUACCACAUGUGGUCCACAUAGUACCCAUAAUUGAUGGUGUAAAUUUAAUUUACCUUCUUGAAGUGGGAAAUACAGCAAUUGCUUCAAGUUUAUAUGAAACAUUUAGUUACUUACACACAAUGCAGCUGUUGCAGAGUCAAAGAGAAAAAUCAGUGUUACAACCAGCUUUUGAAAAUUUAGAACUGGCCAUAAAAAAACUAAAUGACAGCUUAAAAAAGAUAAAGAACAGUCCAUUUGAGUCGGCACAUAAACAAAUAAUGAAAAAAUGGGAUGUAAUUAAAAAAAAAUACCAGGAGUUCUUUAAAAAUGCUUCUGAUGAGGCUUUAUUGAGAGCUGAAACUUUGAUAUUAGCCUUUUUGGAGAAUCUUAAUCAUUUGUUAAAAUUGACUUCUUUAGAUGAAGGGAUAAACACUGGAAACUUUGUUAAAUUGGCUAGCAAAACUGUUAAAACAAGCUUAGCUAAUUACAAUGAGUUCUUUAAGGUAAAAAGUAUUAAGAACUUCUCCCUUGGAUCUAGAUAUACCAGAUAUUCCCUAACAAUUAAUAAGUAUUUAGAAGAAUUUCCUGGAUUGGUCCACUUUAUUUACAUUGACCGAACUAGUCAUAGACUAACAAGUCCUACAUUGGAUCUAACAGUGGAUAAUAUGACUAACAAAAAAAUAUUCUUUAUGAUUAACUUUGGAAGAAAUCAUAUAAUGGAAGGUACACUAUCUUUGAUGUGGAAGGACACUUCAUUCAAUUAUGGUUAUUUUGUAUGGUUUGAGGAUAACACAGGGGCUCCAAUUAAACCUACUGUUCUACCUUCUAAUACAACAUCUUUACCUGGAAUAUUAGCUGAAGAUUUUUAUUUGAAACUAAAAGAAAGUUGUUUUCCAAAAACGUCUCCAGGAAAAAUUAAAUGUUACGAAUUAUUCUGCGUACAUCUAGGAUUGGUUACAGCUUCUUGUGUUUUGGAACAAACCAGGCGUCUUUCAGCUACUAUUUGGGAACUUAGAGGCCACCCAUCUCAUCCAAUAGACUUGUUAUAAAUUAUUUUAAUUUUUAAUGGUGGUUUUAUGCUUUAUUUAUUUAUUUCUGUGAUAUUUUGUUAUUUGUAUUAUUUGAUGUGAUUAAAAAAAUAAAACAUUUCUUUACA